AUGAGCCAUGACUUGCGCAUCGCGGCUGCCGGUCCCGAGCGGCCGGUUGACAUCCUGAAGCGCCAUUUGGACGCGCUGCCCUCCGAACAAUUGCGCAAGGCGUUCGAGGACCUGCCGUCGGAGCGGCUGCGCAAGGCACUCGACGACUUGCCGGGCGGGCAGCUAAAGCGAACACUGGAGCAGAUGGACGUGCCGCUGCCUUCCACCAAGUCGGACAAGAUCAGGCUGUUGGCCGCGGCCGGCUAUGCGACGGCCGAUAUCGCGCGCAGCCUGGGCAUCCGUUACCAGCAUGCCUAUAACGUGCUGUCCGCCGACAGGGCCCAAUCGGGCGCGGGUGAUGCUGCCCCCGCGCCCGUCACGGCGACCAUUGGCGCGUCCGGUCGUUUCGUAAUCCCCGCCGAACUGCGCGAGCGGCUGGCGAUAAGCGAGGGCGAGGAGGUGAGCCUUUCCAUCGAGGACGGCGCGCUGGUGAUGCGGACCCGGGCGGGCGAACUGGCCCGGGCACGCGCGAUCGUGCGCCAAUAUGUGCCCGAAGGCGUAAGCCUGGUCGAUGAGCUGAUCGCGGAUCGGCGCCUGAUGGCCAUUGUGCUUGAUGCGUCUGCGAUCAUUGCGCAUCUGAACGACGAGCCCGGCGGCGCCCAGGUCGGCCAAAUGCUGGACGGAGCGCUGGUUUCGACAAUCAAUCUCUGCGAAGUGGGCACUAAGCUGGCGGACAAGGGCGUGCCGGACGAUGAUCUUGAGGUGAUCAUGAAUGCAUUGCGCCUGUCGGUUAUCGCCUUCGACCAGAGGCAAAGCCGGAUCGCGGUCGCGCUGCGCGCGCCGACACGCUCAAGGGGCCUGUCGCUCGCCGACCGCGCCUGUCUGGCACUGGCCAAGGCAAUGGACGCGACGGCGGUGACCGCUGACCGCGCAUGGGCCGAUCUGGACACCGACAUCGCAAUUGAGGCGUCGCGCGAGCGGCAUCUCAAGCGCGGCAAGCUGCUGCCGCGCGACCGCGUGCAGGGGCUUUUGGACCCCGGUGCACCGUUUCUCGAAAUCGGGCUCUUUGCCGCGCGCGGCGUCUACGAGGACGACAUUCCCGCCGCCGGCGUGAUCGCGGGUGUCGGCAAGGUGUCGGGUCGCGACUGCAUGAUCGUCUGCAACGACGCGACGGUGAAGGGCGGCACGUAUUUUCCGCUGACCGUCAAGAAGCAUCUGCGUGCCCAGGAGAUCGCCGCCGAGAACCGGCUGCCGUGCCUCUAUCUGGUCGAUUCCGGCGGCGCCAACCUGCCCAAUCAGGACGAGGUGUUCCCGGAUCGCGACCAUUUCGGCCGCAUCUUCUACAAUCAGGCGCGGAUGAGCGCGGCGGCCAUACCCCAGAUCGCCGUCGUGAUGGGCUCGUGCACGGCGGGUGGCGCCUAUGUGCCCGCGAUGAGCGACCAGACGAUCAUCGUGCGCGAACAGGGCACGAUCUUCCUGGCCGGCCCGCCGCUGGUCAAGGAAGCCACGGGCGAGGUGGUCGAUGCCGAAACGCUCGGCGGCGGCGACACGCACACGCGGCUUUCCGGCGUUGCCGACUAUCUGGCCGACGAUGAUGCCCAUGCGCUGGCGCUGGCCCGCCAGAUCGUCGCCGGCCUCGGCCCGGCGCCGGAACCGAGUGUUGCGAUCAGGCAAGCGAAAGCGCCCGCCCAUGAUCCCGAAACGCUGUUCGAUCUGAUCCCGCACGACACCAAGACGCCCUACGACGUGCGCGACGUCAUCGCCCGGAUCGUCGACGGUUCCGAUUUCGCCGAGUUCAAGCCGCGUUACGGCACGACGCUCGUUACCGGCUUCGCCCAUAUUGACGGCGUGCCGGUGGGGAUCAUCGCCAACAAUGGCGUUUUGUUUUCGGAAUCGUCGCUCAAGGGCGCGCAUUUCAUCGAACUGUGCUGCCAGCGGAAAAUCCCGCUCCUGUUCCUGCAAAACAUCACAGGCUUCAUGGUCGGCUCGAAAUAUGAGGCCGGCGGCAUCGCCAAGGACGGCGCCAAGCUGGUGCAGGCGGUCUCCACCGCCGCCGUGCCCAAGGUGACGGUGAUCAUCGGCGGCUCCUAUGGCGCGGGCAAUUACGGCAUGUGCGGCCGCGCCUACGGCCCGCGCUUUUUGUGGAUGUGGCCGAACGCGCGCAUCGCCGUGAUGGGCGGCGCGCAGGCGGCGGGCGUGCUCGCCACGGUCAAGCGCGCCGGCAUCGAAGCCAAGGGCGGUACAUGGAGCGCCGAGGAGGAGGCCGCGUUCAAGCAGCCGACGCUCGAUCUGUUCGAGGAACAGUCGCAUCCGUUCUACGCCUCGGCGCGGCUUUGGGACGACGGCAUCAUCGAUCCGCGCACGACACGCGACGUGGUGGCGCUGAGCCUACGCGCCGCGCUCAACGCGCCGGUCGAACUCCUCAUCGCCAAUCGCGGCGAGAUCGCCUGCCGCGUGAUCCGGACUGCCAAGCACAUGGGCAUCGCGACGGUGGCGGUCCAUUCGGACGCGGAUGCAGGCGCGCUGCAUGUCGAAAUGGCCGACGAAGCCGUGCGGAUCGGACCGGCGCCGGCUGCUGAAAGCUAUCUGGACAUCGAUGCGAUCCUAAAGGCCGCCAAGGCGACCUGCGCGGACGCGAUCCAUCCCGGCUACGGGUUCCUGUCCGAAAACCCGGCCUUCGUCGAAGCGGUCGAGGCGGCCGGGCUGGUCUUUGUCGGCCCGUCGGCGGAUGCGAUCCGCGCCAUGGGCCUCAAGGAUGCAGCAAAGGCGCUGAUGGAAAAGGCCGGCGUGCCGGUGGUGCCGGGCUAUCACGGCGACAGUCAGAACGCCGAUUUCCUCGCCGGCGAAGCCGACCAGAUCGGCUACCCGGUGCUGAUCAAGGCGCGCGCGGGUGGUGGAGGCAAGGGCAUGCGCAAGGUCGAGCGCGCCGGCGACUUCAAGAGCGCGCUCGAAAGCUGCCGGCGCGAGGCGCAGGGCGCCUUCGGCGACGAUGCGGUGCUGAUCGAAAAAUAUGUGACCGCGCCGCGGCAUAUCGAGGUGCAGGUGUUCGGUGACGCGCAUGGCAAUGUCGUGCACCUGUUCGAGCGCGAUUGCUCGCUGCAGCGGCGCCACCAGAAGGUGAUCGAGGAGGCGCCUGCGCCGGGCAUGACCGAGGAGGUGCGCGCGGCGAUGACGGGCGCGGCGGUGCGCGCCGCCAGGGCGAUCGGAUAUCAGGGCGCCGGCACGGUCGAAUUCAUCGCCGACGGUUCGGGUCCGCUCCGGCCCGACGGGUUCUGGUUCAUGGAGAUGAACACGCGGCUGCAGGUCGAGCAUCCGGUGACCGAGGCGAUCACAGGCCUCGAUCUGGUCGAGUGGCAGUUGCGUGUGGCGUCCGGCGAGCCGCUGCCCAGAGAUCAGGACGAGAUCGCCAUAUGCGGCCAUGCCUUCGAGGCGCGGCUUUACGCCGAAGACCCGGCCAACGGUUUCCUGCCGCAGACCGGAACGCUCGCGCAUCUGGCGUUCGGCGAUGCACGCAUCGACACCGGCGUCCGGUCGGGCGAUGCCAUCUCGCCCUUCUACGAUCCGAUGAUCGCCAAGCUGAUCACCCAUUCGGGUUCGCGCGAACAGGCGCUUGGCCGGCUGCGACGGGCUCUCGCCGAGACCCAUGUCGCCGGAACCAUGACCAACCGCGCCUUUCUUCUGGCGCUGGCAAGCCAUGACGGAUUUGCCGCAGGCGAGGUGGAUACCGGCCUGAUCGACCGCGAUGUGGAUGCGCUGACCGCGAAACCGGAGACAUCAGACAUGGCGGUGGCUUUGGCCGCCAUCGCCGCGCUUGAUCUCGAUCCGGCCGAUCCGCGCCUGGGCUGGCGGCUCUGGGGCGAGGCCAGCCAUCAGGUGCGGCUUCUGCAGGGCGAUACCAUGAUCGGGCGCCGGCUGAUCCUGCACGGGCCCGGCAGCGUGACGCUGGAGGGCGAGACGCCGCUCCGGCUCGACAAUCUGGUUCGCGACGCGACGACCAUCGGCGGCAAUUCGGGCAGCCGUGGCUUCGCCGCCGGUCUCGUGCGCUACCAAUCCGCCGGCGCGACCCAUGUCUCGGUUCUGCUCGGUGGCGCGUCGCAUGAUUUCACGGUGCCCGACCCGCUCACCGCAGGCGCCGAUAUGGCGGGCAGCGGUGACGCGGUGACCGCGCCGAUGACCGGCAUCGUGCGAUUGAUCGACAUCGACGUCGGGCAGGCGGUUUCGGCCGGCGACCGGCUGGCGGUGGUCGAAGCGAUGAAGAUGGAACAUCCGCUGACCGCGCCGCGCGACGGCACCAUUGCCGCGAUCCAUGGCGAACCGGGCAGCGCUGUGGAGGGCGGUGCCGUGCUGAUCGAGUUGGCCGACCGGUUCCGCUGGGAUGUGCCGGAGCGCUUCAACAUGGGUGCGGCCUGCUGCGACCGCUGGGCGGAGGCCGAUCCCGACCGGCCGGCCCUGAUCCUCGACGAUGAAGACCGCACGGUUAGCUUCGGCGAACUGCGCGACAUGUCGAACCGCAUCGCCAAUCUGCUCGCGGCCCAAGGCGUUUUGCAUGGCGACCGUGUUGGCGUCCUGUUGCCGCAGGCGGUCGAGACCGCCGCCGGCCAUAUCGCCAUCUACAAGAUGGGCGCGAUCGCCGUGCCGCUGUUCGUGCUGUUCGGCCCCGAUGCGCUGGAGCAUCGCAUCGUCGAUGCCGGCAUCGGGCACGUGAUCACGAACCGGGACGGGGCCGCCAAGCUGCGCGCCAUGUCCAAGGGCGCGCAGGAGGGGCUGACGAUCGCGACGAUUGACGGCGCCCAUGACGCUCUCGAAACCGUCGACCUGCACGCGCUGCUGGCGGGCCAGCCAGCCGAUUUCGAUGUGAUCGACACCGCCGCCGGCGAUCCGGCUUUGAUCAUCUACACGUCUGGCACGACGGGGGCGCCCAAGGGCGCGCUGCACGCCCACCGGGUGUUGCUCGGCCAUCUGCCGGGUGUCGAGAUGCACCAUGAGUUCUUCCCGCAGCCCGGCGAUGUCAUCUGGACGCCGGCGGACUGGGCAUGGAUCGGCGGCCUGCUCGAUGUGCUUCUGCCGGCGCUGUUUCACGGCGUGCCGGUGGUUGCGCGGCGCUUCGACAAGUUCACUGCCGAGGACGCCUUUGCGCUGAUGGCGCGGCGCAAGGUCACCAACGCCUUCCUGCCGCCGACGGCGCUGAAGAUGAUGCGCGCGGCGUAUCCCGAGGCGCCGCCGCGACGGCUGCAUCUGCGCACGGUCGGCUCGGGUGGUGAGUCGCUUGGUGCCGAGCUUGUCGACUGGGGCCGGAGGGUGCUCGGCGUGACGAUCAACGAGUUCUACGGCCAGACCGAAUGCAAUCUCGUGAUUUCCUCGUGCGCGGCGCUGAUGCCGCCGCGCCCCGGCGUGAUUGGCCGGCCGGUGCCCGGGCAUUCGGUCGCCAUCCUGCGCGAGGAUGGCACCGAAUGCGCCGAAGGCGAGCAGGGGCUGAUCGCCGUGCGCCGGCCCGAUCCGGUCAUGUUCCUGGAAUACUGGAACAAUCCUGAUGCGACGGCUGAAAAGUUCAUCGGCGACUGGCUGAUCAUGGGCGAUGUCGGGGUGCGCGAGACGGGCGGCUGGAUCCGCUUUGUCGGCCGCGACGACGAUGUGAUCACAUCGGCCGGCUACCGAAUCGGGCCGGGGAGCAUCGAGGAUUGCCUGAUCCGCCAUCGAGCCGUGCGCAUGGCAGCCGCCAUCGGCAAGCCUGAUCCGGAGCGCACUGAAAUCGUCAAGGCCUAUGUGGUGCUGGCCGAAGGAUACGCGCUCGAUGCGGCGCUGGAGGCCGGGUUGAAAUCGCACGUCAGGUACCGGCUGGCUGCGCACGAAUAUCCGCGCGAGAUCGAGGCCGUCGACGAGCUGCCGGUGACGACCACGGGCAAGAUCAUGCGGAUUGAAACCGACGCGCGCGGCGUUGCCACGCUGACGCUCGACCGGUCCGACAAGCAUAAUGCGCUCAGUGCGCAGAUGAUCGCCGAACUGACCGAGGCCGGCAAUGCACUUGCCGCCGAUCCGGCGGCCCGCGUGGUCGUGCUCCGGUCGGAAGGUCCGACAUUCUGCGCAGGCGGCGAUCUGAACUGGAUGCGCCAGCAGAUGGAAAAGGACCGCGCCGGCAAGAUGGAAGGCAGCCGCGCGCUGGCCGAUAUGCUGGCGACGCUGAACGGGCUUCCGAAGCCGCUCAUCGCCCGUGUCCAGGGCAAUGCCUUCGGCGGCGGCGUCGGCAUGCUCUCGGUGUGCGACAUCGCCAUCGCCGUGCCCGAAAUGCGCGUCGCACUCACCGAGUCCAAGCUGGGCCUGGCGCCGGCGACCAUCGGACCGUUCGUCGUGCGCCGUCUGGGAGAGGGGUUUGCCCGCCAGAUGCUGCUGGCCGGCAGGGCCUUCGACGCCGAAUUCGCGCUGCGCGCCGGCCUGAUCGCCGAAAUCUGCCCGGCCGAGACGCUUGAUGAGGCCGUGGACCGGGCCGCGACCGCUGCGCUGAUCGGUGCACCGGGCGCGAUUGCCGACGCCAAGCAAUUCUGCCUGACGUUCGAGCGGCUCGAUCCGGCAACGCUCACCGAGGAGACGGCAGCGCUUUUGGCGGAUCGCUGGGAGACGGAAGAGGCGGCCAAAGGCAUCGCCGCCUUCUUUGCGCGCAAGCCGCCGCCCUGGGCGCCCGAAAGCUGA